AGAAAAGGUAGCAUCACAUGAAUUGACUGUCAACAUGCAAGAUGGCCACGCAUCAUAGGCAGAAUGCUGCUGGGCGGAGAAAAGUACAGGUUUCUUACGUCAUCCGGGAUGAGGUGGAGAAAUACAACAGAAAUGGGGUGAAUGCCCUCCAACUAGACCCUGCGUUGAAUCGACUCUUCACUGCUGGAAGGGACUCUAUUAUCCGGAUAUGGAGUGUCUACCAGCAUAAAGUAUUGAAUCAGGAUCCAUACAUUGCAUCAAUGGAGCAUCAUACAGAUUGGGUCAAUGACAUAGUACUCUGUUGCAAUGGAAAAACAUUGAUAUCUGCUUCCUCGGAUACGACGGUUAAAGUAUGGAAUGCGCAUAAAGGGUUCUGUAUGUCGACGUUACGAACACAUAAAGACUAUGUGAAAGCCUUAGCCUAUGCUAAGGAUAAGGAGCUGGUGGCAUCGGCAGGACUUGACCGGCAGAUAUUUCUCUGGGAUGUCAAUACGCUUACAGCACUUACUGCUUCCAACAACACUGUCACCACUUCAUCACUCAGUGGGAACAAGGAUUCAAUCUACAGCCUGGCAAUGAACCAGAUGGGCACAGUGAUAGUGUCUGGAUCGACAGAAAAGGUACUGCGAGUGUGGGAUCCACGAACAUGUGCAAAACUGAUGAAGCUAAAAGGGCACACGGACAAUGUCAAAUCGUUACUUUUGAAUCGAGAUGGAACACAAUGUCUGUCAGGCAGUUCGGAUGGGACAAUUCGUCUAUGGUCCCUUGGUCAACAGCGAUGCAUUGCCACGUACCGUGUGCAUGAUGAAGGCGUUUGGGCACUGCAGGUCAAUGAGGCUUUCACACAUGUCUAUUCUGGAGGUCGAGACAAGAAGAUCUAUUGCACAGACCUGCGCAACCCAGACAUCCGUGUUCUCAUCUGUGAGGAGAAGGCCCCAGUGCUGAAAAUGGAACUGGACAGAUCUGCUGACCCACCUCCUGCUAUCUGGGUCUCCACCACCAAGUCAUCUGUUAAUAAAUGGUCUCUCAAGGGAAUGCACAACUUCAGAUCAUCAGGGGAGUACGAUAAUGACUGCAGCACCCCUUUAACCCCACUGUGCACACAGCCAGAACAAGUCAUCAAGGGAGGUGCCAGUAUUAUACAGUGCCACAUUCUGAAUGAUAAAAGACACAUACUAACCAAAGAUACCAACAACAACGUGGCUUUUUGGGAUGUUUUGAAGGCUUGCAAAGGUGAAGACUUGGGCAAAGUGGAGUUUGAUGAGGAGAUAAAAAAGCGCUUCAAGAUGGUUUACGUGCCAAAUUGGUUCUCAGUUGAUUUGAAAACUGGGAUGCUGACCAUCACUCUGGACGAGAGUGACUGCUUCGCUGCCUGGGUUUCCGCCAAGGACGCAGGGUUCUCAAGCUCUGACGGAUCUGACCCAAAAUUAAACCUGGGUGGACUGCUUCUUCAAGCUUUGCUAGAGUUCUGGCCAAGAACACGCAUCAAUCCAAUGGAUGAGGAAGAAAAUGAAGUAAACCAUGUGAAUGGAGAGCAGGAGAACCGUAUCCAGAAAGGAAAUGGAUAUUUCCAGGUGCCGCCACACACACCUGUUAUCUUCGGAGAAGCAGGGGGCAGAACUCUUUUUAGGUUGCUUUGUAGAGAUUCAGGCGGAGAGACUGAAUCGAUGCUGCUGAACGAGACUGUUCCUCAAUGGGUCAUUGACAUAACUGUAGAUAAAAAUAUGCCCAAGUUCAACAAAAUUCCAUUCUACCUCCAGCCUCAUUCAUCCUCUGGUGCAAAAACUCUGAAGAAGGACCGUCUGUCAGCCAGUGACAUGCUGCAGGUGAGGAAGGUGAUGGAGCAUGUGUACGAAAAGAUCAUCAAUCUGGACAACGAGUCUCAGACCACCAGUUCAUCUGCUAACGAUAAACCCGGGGAGCAGGAAAAGGAAGAAGACAUGGCCAUGCUAGCUGAGGAGAAGAUAGAGUUAAUGUGUCAAGACCAGGUUCUGGAUCCCAACAUGGACCUGCGAACAGUUAAACAUUUUAUUUGGAAAAGUGGCGGGGACUUGACACUUCACUAUAGGCAGAAGUCCACGUGAAAGUUAGAUUUGGAAAAAGCAAGAACUUUUUUUUUUUUAUUUCAUCAUUUGCCAAUCGUCUCCCAUCUGACAUAUAGUAGGUCUAUCCUGAAGUCCAGUCACGGUUAUCGGUUGUAGUAUCUGCAGGAUAUAUUUCCACGGAUGUGUCAUAGGGAACAUACCAGGCUGUGGCAGCCAAGAGAUGAGAUUAUUUUUUCGUUUUGUUUUUUAACAGUUUGAAGAAUGAAGUCAGUUUACUUUGCAGGACUAAAAACUUUUUUUUUUUUUUUUUUUUUUACAUAUUUGACUGCAAUGUUAUUAUGAACUGCUGUACAUGUUUGUGUGUACGUGUGUGCGUGUGCACGCAGAAUGUUAUAGUACAUUCCAGAUCUGUCCUUGUUCUAAAAAGACUCCACAGUGUCAAACAGUAUCUCCAUUUUGGAACCCCCAGGUUCUCUCGAAACAUCAGUCACUCAUCCUCACUUGAACAUAACCUCCACUGUGAUUGCGGCAGAGGUUGAACGUCGUCACGUUUGUCUUUCUCUUUUAUCUGUGCUGUUCUCAGUGAGCAGAAUGUUUCCAUGUCAACAUUGUGUACAAUAUUUUUGAUUUGAGUGACUUUUGAGGGGAAUGGUGGGUAUGCAUCAGCUUUCUUGUACAGUUUACUUAUACAGUACCAAGUUAUUUUUCCAAUUCUUUAAAGCACAUUCAUGGCUGUAACAUGACAUGGAUGAUGAAAAUGAGUUGUGUUCACCACAACCUGGAAAUAGCAGUUUACUCUUUAAGAAUGUUUGUAGUUGUCAAAAUCAUCUUAGAAAAAGGAAAUUAUAUAUAGUGAGAUUCUCACUGUCCUUGGGUAAUUAACAAUGGCCUUGGUCAAAACGAGAGCUGUUCCUAAUGUAUAGUUCAUUUAAAUAAGAGCAUAGUAAAAUAUUAUAUGGUUUGUCCUCACCAAAACAAAGUGGAGAGAAGAAAAAAACUCCCUUUCUCGGUAUUACCAAGCAGAACAGAUCUUUUUAUUGUAAACUUGGUGUUCGUUUAGUCACAAAGGCAGGCGCGAACACGAUAGGUCUGGUUGGCCAAAACCCCAAUUUGGUGAUGAAACUGUAAUAAUCUUUGUUGUAAUAAUUUGUGAAAUAUGUAUAUUUUAGGCUUCCAAAGAAAUAAAUUGGAAUGGUUUAA